UCGGCAAGAUGACAAGACUGAUGAUGACAUCAAUAUUUACUUUGACUGCAUUUAUUGCAGUUUACGGAUAUCCAGGUUCUAUACAAUUGCAUCGGGUUGCAAGAUCGCCGUAUUACGGCGGUUUUGGGUUCCACCCACCUCCACCAUUCCCAUUUUUCCAAACAAAAAAUUGGAGUGGAAUUACAAAAAGCGCUGAUGGAAACACCAAUGGAGUAUACAGUGGGGCUGCUGCUAGUGCCACAAAUAAUGCACCGGCUACUGGACAAGCCGUAUCGCUAGCAUCAGCUGACUGUGAUGAUGAUGCUGACUCGGUUCAAUCUACUGGUACUUCUGGCAAAUUAAUAGCUGGUUUCGGUGAUGGACACAGAGGUGACAUCUUCGGAAAACAAUAUAAUGCUCAUAAAGAAGCUCGUUAUUUGUUCCAAAGUGGUGACGGAAAGUUUGAAGCUGGCUUCAAUGCAGAAUCUGGGCAAAAAAAUACUGGACUUGCUCAAAGUGAAUUCGGUAAGGAUGACCAUACCCUAGGUUUCACCCAGAACGAAGAACAAAGCCGUGGGUCUGGUCAGAACAUAGAACAAUAUGGUUUACCCUCCCAACAAGGAGGUGGCUUAAGCCAACAAGAUAGUGCUUUAAGUCAAAAAACUUUGAGCAGUUCAUUUGGACAGCAAAAUGGUCAGCUGAAAGAACAACAAGUUGGACUGAAUGGUGGGUAUCGCCAGCAAACCCUCGAAAUCGGUUCUGCUCAACAGAAAGAACUAGCUGGUGUUGCUCAGCAGCAAAAUCAAGGCGCAUUUGCUCAAUCACAAGGCCAAGUUGGAUUUGGCCAACACGUAGAUCAAGGAGGUUUUAAUGUACAGCAAGGUCAAGCUACAUUAAACCAAAAAGAGCAACAUCUAGGUGCCUUUGGUCAAUCACAAGGCCAAGUUGGAUUUGGCCAACACGAAGGUCAUGGAGGUGUAAAUGUACAGCAAGGUCAAGCGUCAUUAAGCCAAGAAGAACAACUCAAACAGCAAAAUCUACAAGGUAGAAAUAUUGCUAGCAGUCAAGCUUCGUCUUACGCCCACGGGAGAGGCUUUGGCUAUGGGAAAGGGUUCUCUGGAUAUGGACAUGAUCACAGUUAUGGUAAUGAUUUUAACUCCAAAUAUCAAGCUAAUCAAGACUUGCAACAGCAACAAUCGGGACCUGAAUUGACCAGCGGAAAGAGUGGUUCGCAAAGUGCAGGCAGUAGUUCUAUUGGAGGAGCCUUAAAUCUUGCUUCUCAAGGCUUAGAAGCAGCACAAAAGGCCGGAUGCAGUACUUGUGGUGGAAAUGGUGGAUAUGCCUUCAGUAAUGCCAAGAGCCACAGUGGGUCAGCUAUUUCCGUUGCAAUUGGCGGUUAAAGUAUUCAUCAAUAUUUAUUACCAAUGUCAAUUGUGAUGUGAUCCACAAAUGUAAAUUUGUACUUAUUUCUUGUAAAUAAAAUAUAGUUAUUCUUUUUGA